AUGGCGAUUCCGGACAAAUUCACGGGCUUCCAGGUCAACAGCUCCGAGACUUGGACCGAAUUCCACAAGAACGAGUUCGACCCGAAGCCGUUUGGCGACUAUGACGUUGAUAUCAAAAUCGAGUGCUGCGAAAUUGUCGGCACCGCUCUCCGUGUUGGACCCAAGGUCACCUUGAUCAAGCCCGGCCAGCGCGUCGGCGUCGGAGCCCAGUCUUAUUCCUGCCUCGACUGCAGGCAGUGCAAGAAUGAAAACGAGACCUACUGCAAGAAGCAGCUCGACACCUACGGCGCCAAGUGGCCCGACACCGGUAUCCCCGCUCGUCCGCAACGGCUGCGGCCCCGGCAAAAGGUCGGCAUCGUGGGCAUCGGCGGUCUCGGCCACUUUGGUGUCCUCUUCGCCAAGGCCCUCGGCGCCGAGGUCUGGGCCAUUUCCCGAACCCGCGCCAAGGAGGAGGACGCGAAGAAGAUGGGCGCUACCGGCCUCAUCGCCACCAACGAGGAGGGCUGGAGCGAGCCCCACAGCAUGACCUUUGACCUCAUCGUCAACACGGCCAACUCCUUUGACGGUUUCCAGCUUUCCGAGUAUCUUAGCCUCCUCGACGUCCACGGAAAAUGGGUUUCCGUCGGCCUCCCCGGCGGCGAUGGCAUCACCAUCAAGAACCAAGACUUCCUUCCCAACGGCUGCUUCAUUGGUAGCUCGCACUUGGGAAGCAGGCGCGAGAUGUUGGAGAUGUUGCAAUUGGCGGCGGAUCAGAAGAUCAAGACUUGGCUCGAGGAGGUUCCCAUCUCGGCUGAUAACCUCAAGUCCUCCUUGUUGAGGUUGGAGCACCACGAUAUCAAGUAUCGAUUCUGUCUGACGAAUUAUGAGGAUGCCUUUGGAAAAUAG